AUGACUACAGCUCACAGACCGACCUUCGAUCCCGCGCAAGGGAAAGAGGCCCUCCGAGGCCCAGCCUACCACCAGCGACUCCUCCCAGCACACACACACCUGAAAGUCCGUCAACCCGGACAAGGUGGCGACGCCGAUCCGCAAGCCCGUGAUCUUCGCGCAGAACUGCUCCAAGCCGAGGCGGCGCACUUUGCUAAGAAAAACGGUGUUCCCGUUGACGAGCCUGUUGUUGCUGAAUCUGCCGCCCCAAAGCGGCAGCUGGAAGGCGCGCCCGGAAAUGGCGCCGACGGUGACGCAGAGGAAGAUCCGGAGGCAAAACGAAGACGCAUUUUAGAGGAGACAAGAGACAUUGAUGCAGAUUCUGACGGGUCGGAAGACGAUAGCAGCGAGGAGGAGAGUGAUGACGACGAAGAUGAGGCGGCAGAGCUGAUGCGCGAGCUGGAGAAGAUCAAGAAAGAGCGGCUGGAGCAAAAAGAGAAAGAGGAACGCGAGCGGGCAGUCGAAGAAGAAGAGCAACGAGAAGUCGAGAUUGCUCGCGGCAAUCCGCUGCUCAACACGCAGGACUUCAACAUGAAGCGGCGGUGGGACGACGACGUGGUGUUCAAGAACCAGGCUCGAGGCACGGAGGGCAAGGAUGGCAAGGAAUUUGUCAAUGAUCUGCUUCGUUCCGACUUCCACAAGCGCUUUAUGGGUAAAUACGUUCGAUAG